AUGGAGGAACCGCCGCCGGCCUCCUCCAAGCCCAAGCCCACCGACGACGGAUCCAAAGACGAUUCCGGCUCCUCCCGCAUUUCCUCCCGCACUCGAUCCCGGCCCUUCUCCGCUCCCACGUCUCCUCUGCCGGCCUCCUCCGCCGUCCCAUUCUCCUGGGAGCAGCGUCCCGGCAUCCCCAAGGACCCAUCGCCGCCUCCCCUUGCCUCCCUUGGAUCUCCACUCCCCAACCCCCUCCUCCCCCUUCCGCCCCCUCUCCGCUUCCGCUCCGCCCUCCCUGCGCCCCGCAAGAGGCGAUCCGCGUCCUCUUCCUCUCGCGGCGCCGAAGCCCCCUUCGACCCCUUCGCCGCCGCGCUCGCCCUUUGCGCCAGGGGCCUCAUGGACGAUCAUAUCUGUGGCUCAUCCCUCCCGCGACGAUCAGCGGCGACCGUCUCCGAUCGCUUCCGAAUCUUCGAUUUCUACGGAUCCUGCAAGGCGACGUGCGCCGUAGUGGACGACGCCACCGUUCGCCUCCCUCGCCCCGGAUCGGUGGCUUUGUUAGGUCGUCGGCCUUGA